AUGCCUUCAAACCCAGCGCAUACUUACGGCUCAACAUGCCGGCUAGCCCCUCUCCCACAAGCUCGGCAUGACUCCGAUCCUCUCCUCGAGCAUCUACCGCCCUUCGCUGCUCAGUUCUUCUACUACUCCCCCAUCCCCAUCGAUGAUCCUCUCUCGGCUGCGACCAUCAGUGCCUCUUCGUCCGAUGGAAGGUCAGCCAAAUACCCCAUCCGCCCAUUUGCUCAGGGAGACAAUCACGCGCUGGAGAAGGCCUGGCUGGGAUUCGCAUCCCGUCAUGCCCGACAGAGCCAUGCACAGGCGCGAACAAGACGCUCACCGACCCCAGCUCUGGCUGACAAGGAUGCGAGGAGACUCGCGGCGCUGGUAGAGCGGCUGGCUCUGCAACACAGAGACCUACACGCUCAAGGAUAUCAUGACUCGGCUGUGGUCGACUCUGUCGACGUAUCGCCUGGUGUGGGUCUUGCCCCUUGCUGCCCUGCUUUAGUCCUUGAUGUGCGCCGAGAGCUCGAAAAGAGCUUUUGCUUGCUCUCCACGAGGCAUUGGUCUCACCUCAGAGCGGCCAACGUCUCUCAACAGGUCAUGAUGAGAAUGAAGAGUCCAACCUCCCCCCACCAGGGUCCAUUAGAUGCCCAGCACGCGGACUGCCCCAGGCCUGGAAGUUCCCCGGGCGAUGCCGGCUUGCCCAACCGUGCGGGCUCUCAUGAUGAGCCCGGUCCUCCUAGCCAAGAACCGUUCAAUUCAGAGCCUGUAGUGAGCACCAUGCGUAUUCCUUCAUCAGUCAGGCCGCCUGCAUUGGAUGAUGGCAUAUCGGGCAGACCCUUUGUCAGGGUUGGUGACCCCAGUCCGACGCAAAGCCCCACAGUCGGGUCACUCACAAACCAGCAAGCUCCUGUGGCAGUCUCGAAGGCCAGUACCGGCAUAAUCAGUGCACACGUGAACACUGUGAAACCUCAGAGCAUGGAAGAGACGGAGCAAAAUGGUCGUCUUAACCUUGGCACCCGCCCCACGGAUGCCGACCCGAUCGCUGUCGAGGUUCCAGUAGGCAUUUCCCGCCUACACAUGGUCUCACUACCUCGUUUGCAGAUGAAGCCAAUAUAUUGGUCGCCCGUCAACGACGUUGCUGUUGUUGUCCGGGCGACUUGGUUCUAUAGAGACACCAUGGUUCCAGUGGAGCCCGCUGUCGCAAAUCAGCUCGAAGCUGGCUACAGAGAACUUCGCCCCUGGACCGAGACCUGGAACGAUGAGUUGAAAUGUGCUGUCGACGUCGGACCACUUGGCGAAGAAAAGGUAUCCCAUCCACUAUGGCCCAACGAUGGAGAGAAGCCCACAGGCUCAAAACAUGGGGCUGAGCCGCUCAUUGCAAGUGAGCCUCUUUGUGCUGCUCGCUGUUUCCGAGGAGAAGCGGCGGCAGAGGGAACCGUCGAGCUGCCUACAGUCCCGGGCAACUCAGACUCCAAAAGAGUCAGUCCUGCUGAGUCUCUAUACGCCAACUACCACGUCAUCUACCGGGAUCAGAAUGCGGCUUUUCUUCUGAAGCCGAGCCUCAAGCCAUCUGCCUACUACUCGCGCCGUCCAGUCGCCAAGAUGAUGAAGGGGAUCACGGUAGGCAUCCCUGUUGUGAGAGGCUUCGAUAGGAGUGCGUGGGAUCGAAUCCAUGAGAAGAAUGGGAAGAAAAGGGGAGAUCUAGCCGAAGAUCUUCCUGUCGCGCUUGCGGGCGAUGGGUUUGAAGAAGGCCAUGGCCAGAUGGGCUGUCCUGGGUGCAAAGCAGAGAAAGAGCGAGCCCAGGUGACCGAUUUGAUCCUUGUGGUUCACGGAGUCGGACAGAAGCUGGCAGAGCGAGUCGAGAGCUUCCAUUUCACUCAUGCCAUCAAUGCCUUUCGUCGAGCUGUCAACCUGGAAUUGUCGAGCGAGGCGGUCGGGGCUGUUCUUCGGCCUGACCAGAACGGCAUCAUGGUCCUCCCAGUUAACUGGAGACAUAACCUGUCCUUCGAGGACGGGGGUCCCAUGCGAGAGGAAGAUCUGGUGAGCCGCCCCAUGGACGGCUUUACGCUGAAAGACAUAGAGCCGGGCUCCAUCCCAGCCGUCCGGAGCAUGAUAUCCGAUGUCAUGUUCGACAUUCCUUUCUACAUGUCUCACCACAAGCCCAAGAUGAUCCAGGCCAUGAUUGGAGAGGCCAAUCGUGUAUACCGUCUGUGGUGCAAGAAUAACCCCAGCUUUUCCAGCCGGGGCAGGGUCCACCUUAUCGGCCACUCCUUGGGCAGCGCUAUGGCCAUCGAGGUUCUAUCAAAGCAGCCGACUAUCCCACCCUCUCCUGACCUUGAAAGGCUAUUAGUGCAAACGACUCACUUUGAAUUCGACACGAAGAAUCUCUUCCUUCUCGGUAGUCCGGCAGGCUUCUUCCUCCUGUUGGAACGUGGGCGUCUGGUGCCCCGGCGUGGUCGGCAGAAGCCCGGCGCUGAUCCCUCUGACACAGUGGCCAGCAAUGUGGUUGGUGAGACUGGCACCUUUGGAUGCCUCGCGGUCGACAACAUCUACAACAUCCUGGCCAAGGAGGACCCCAUUGCGUAUCUGCUCAACGGUGCUGUCGACCCUGUUUACUCCUCGAGUCUCAAGACGGCAUACGUUCCAGCUGCUAGUACGGGGUUCUUCCAGUCAAUUGGGCAGAGUGUGCGCCGCGGUUUUGUGCCAAGCGCUUCUGCUGCCAGUGCCGCGGCCGCACCCCAUACCAUCAAGCCUCCCACCGUCCGACUCCCCUCCCAGCUGGAACUCGAAGUUCACGACUUCACUCGUGAGGAGAUUGCCGAACGUAAAGCCUAUCUGCUCAACGACAACGGCCAGUUAGACUACUAUCUUCGGUCUGGCGGCGGGCCUUUGGAUGUCCAAUACCUCAACAUGCUUAGCGCCCAUACAAGUUACUGGACAAACCAGGAUCUGAUUCGACUAAUUUGCACAGAAGUGGGUAGAAGGCCGGGCAGGGCCAACACACUGCCCGGCAUGAGAGCUGUGAAGGCAGCACGGCGCAUUGUACCUGCCCCUAGGUGA